ACUCUACUCGCACAUUGAUUCAUACGGUCGAUGGCGUACGCUUGGGUAGGAUCGCAUCGUGAUCGUGGACAUUGCUGCAUCCUGUAGUUCUACUAACAACAGUUUGCCGAUACCAUCAAGCCUCCUGAUCACCCGGAAUCCAGCACAGCGAAGGUCCUUGCCCCUUACUGAUCGAAAUAGUGGAUCAUUUACAGAUCCGCUCUGGCCCAUGAGAUGCCUGUGUCCGUGACACGUACGUGAGUGAGGUUGAAUUUUCCGCCCAGUCGUCGCAGCCAACGUUACCCACGGACGUGCCGGGAGCAGCGACAAAAGCGUGCGAUCGUGCAAUGUGGGUGUGAGGUGCGCCAUAUUGGAAAAAACUCGGCGGCCCCACAGUCGCAGAUAGGCCGAAUCAUCCUCACCAACACAACCAGCCAGCCAGCAGGUUUGGGUCGGGGUGUUUUUGUUUGCGUUUUUGCGUGAUCCACAAAUCGUGCGUGAAACGGAAGAAGGGCAAGGAUCACGGACCACCCUGCAAGGUGGUAAAGUCAGUGUUGGCAACACUGGUGGCCACCGAUAAGUGGAUUCGAUCGUGCGGGGAACGCUCCUUCUUCCCGGAAAUUGCAUUUCUUUGGAGCAAUUUCUACUUUACUCCCGAGGGACGUCUCGCUAGACCGCAGUAAGACGGCACAACAGCAUAUCAUCGCCACCAGCACCACCACCACUCACACUGCCGGUGUGUGUGCGUGGCUAAAAAUAGUGAAAACGAAGUAUUUUUACCGUCUAACACCAUAUCGAACGGUGGUGGCAACACAUCGCCAGACCGUUGGGACGGGAACGCUAGCGAUCACGAACGAAGGUGUUGGACGCGAAAUUGCGGAUCCACGAUCGGGUGAGUUGGGGAGCCCUAGCGCGGUUGGUGUUUUACCUGCAUUCUCCCCCCAGUGCUGGCGUGUGUUUAUGAGUUGUGCAUUCGUGAAUGUCCGUGAUCGCUUGUGGAGUGAUUUAUUCUACCAGCUAGCAUUGGUUUUUGGGUCGGGCCAAACACGUGUAAACAAGUGAGUCACGAUAACGACCGUACGUAGGAAGCUAGAACCACAACUUUCAUGUGUACGCUUGCCACAUCUGUGACGACUCCGGGUUUGGGAACGGGACGGAUGGGGCUGGAUGCGAUUCAACCGAGGCAGGGCAGCACGGAGAGUGCGGGAAGUGGUGAUUCGGACAGUGGUGGUGGUGGAGGCGGUGUGUACAGCUCGCCGGUCUCCACAGCUGCUGCAGCGGCCGCCCUGCAGUGGUACUAUCUGGCGAACCUGGACACGCAUUCGAGCGAAUCUACGCAGAGCUCGAAACUGUUCUCUCCUGCCUCCUACUGGACCGGAAGUGAAGCAUUCAACUCAUCGUCACUGUCCAACGAAGCCUAUAAAGUCGAUCAAGACCAAAGGGACGAUUGUGAGUCGCCGCUGCUUGCCGAAGAACUUGCGGAGCUGUGUGACCAGUUCGAUGAUCUAGGCUUGUUCGAGUUAACUUCAAGAACACGCCCUAAUCAGCUGGAGUGCGAUCAUUUCGCCGGAUAUGGAAGAGCUUCCGUCAACGCCUCACUGAAAGGACUUGGUGGCGGCUAUGGGCGAAGCAUUUCUCCACCAUCUUCGCUUCACCAACAUCACCAUCACGUAAAGCACCAGCAGCAACAUAACCAUCACCACGAGCUGCCUUUGACAAGGCCUCAGCAUCAGCAGCAGCACGCCUUCCAUCAUCAACCACUGCCGUUAACGAAUCACCAUUAUCAACCCGCGUACGGAGGACAUCAUCCGUUGCCGUUGCAUAAUGGUGGCACCGAACAUCAUCACCAUCAUCAGCACCAUCUGCCGCAUGUGGCCCAGAAGUACAGCAAGGUCCCGCCAUCGAACUAUCUCUGCCAUCUGUGCUUUAAGAAGGGGCACUACAUUCGAGACUGUCCCCAGGCACGCCCGAAAGCGGAGGGCAAAACACCGUACCAGGGUAAGAAGCGUUGCUUCGGCGAGUACAAGUGUCCCAAAUGCAAGCGAAAGUGGAUGUCGGGCAAUUCCUGGGCGAAUCACGGCCAGGAGUGUAUCAAGUGCCACAUCAAUGUUUACCCACACAAACAGCGCCCACUGGAGAAACCGGACGGUCUGGAUGUGUCGGAUCAAUCGAAGGUCCAUCCGCAGAUGCUGUGCGAAAAGUGCAAGACGUUGGGUUACUACUGCCGAAGGAUUCAGUAGCCGCACCGCGAACCGCAUAAUGAAACUGACGACCGCAAAGCUCUAGCUCUCCUCCAGAGGGAGAUCUUUGUUUUUUUUUUUGAUACAAUUUUUACCCUAACAUAGUUGCAAAUAGUUUUACAAGCAGUCUGUGCCGAGCUGCUCAUCUUCUCAUCCCGAAAAUAUGCAUACACAUACGAGCAAAUCAAAUCGAAUUCCAAAAUCUGUAUAUAAUGGGCUUGGCGAGGGCGAGAAGAGGUUGGCCAGCUUUCUUGCGCCAUUUUGGUUUGGAAAUGUUUCUCAUCGUCAUGGCUCAAACUUAUUCGAAAAUCGCAAAAAACGCAUCACGAAUCCAAUUCGAAACACUUGCACGUUGCGUCCCGUGUGGACGUAAAGUUGCUUGUUGGAAAGCAUUAAUUUGUAUUAUUUUAUUGUAAACUUUGAAGCAAAAGUACCAGAAAAGUUAAAGUUGAACUCUUUUUAACGUCUCGACACAAGAACAAAAUACAAGAAAUGUGUACAAUUCGAAUAGAGAGAGAGAGAGGAGAAAACAUAAUGCGUCGCUUAAAUAGCGUUUGCAGGAUACGAUCGAGAAAAGAAUUCGUUUCUAAAUAAAGAAAUCGAUAUAAUACGAAGCAAG